AUGAAAUUUGGUACCCAAGUUAAGGUUACACUAUCUGCUACCGAAAUUCAGACUGAUACAGCCCAACACGACCUCGACUUUCCCGAUGACGACAGCUUUUGGAUGGAGACUACGUCAAUCGAUAAAAAACUUUUAACUCCAAAAUUCACCAGAGAUGUCCUAUCGACCCUUCAUCAGAAAAGCAUGGAUGAUCGCUCAGAUUCUAAAGAUGAGGACAUUAUGGUGGUUAAAAGCCUCAACAUGAUAAACCAACUAAAGAGUCUCACGCCUUAG